UCAAGGUUUACAAACAUAACCAAGAUGGGCAAAAUAAUGAAAUCCGGAAAAGUUGUUCUCGUCCUUAGCGGCAGAUACGCUGGACGUAAGGCAAUAAUCAUGAAAACUUUUGAUGAUGGUACAUCUGACAAGCAGUUUGGACAAGCUCUUGUUGCUGGAAUCGACCGCUACCCUCGUCGUGUUACACGACGUAUGAAUAAAGCAAAGGUUCACAAGAAUUGCAGAAUCAAGCCAUUUGUUAAGCUUGUGAACUACAAUCAUCUUAUGCCAACUCGCUAUAGUGUUCCAGAAGUGAGUUUAGAGAGCAAAUAUGGUGUUAAAGACCUGAAAGAUCCAAUGAAACGAAAGAAGGCUCGUUUCCAGAUCCGUAUGCGCUUCGAGGACAGAUACAAGAGCGGAAAGAAUAAAUGGUUUUUCCAGAAGCUUCGUUUCUAAGUGAAUGUUUUUUGACUCGAUAAUUUUAAAUGUUCACGACCGAAAAUUAAAUGAAUAAAAAAUUUUCUGGGAAAUUAUAA